AUGGUGCGCCUGUAUUUCUCUGGAGGCUCCCGGAUGGCAGCUCUGACAGUGAUGCUAAUGGUGCUGAGCCCUCCUCUGGCCUGGGCCAGGGAGAUCCGACCACAUUUCCUGGAGUAUCAUAAGGCCGAGUGUCAUUUCUCCAACGGGACGCAGCGGGUGCGGUUCCUGGACAGAUACAUCUAUAACCAGGAAGAGUACGUGCGCUUCGACAGCGACGUGGGCGAGUACCGGGCGGUGACAGAGCUGGGGCGGCCGGACGCCGAGGACUGGAACAGCCGGAAGGAGCUCCUGGAGCAGAGGCGGGCCGAGGUGGACACGUACUGCAGACACAACUACGGGGUUAUUGAGAGUUUCACUGUGCAGCGGCGAGAAAACUGGUUUCUUUUCUCAGGGGCACGAUCUGACUCUGCUCAGAGCAAGAUGAUGAGUGGAGUUGGCGGUUUUGUUCUGGGUCUGCUCUUCCUUGCAGUGGGGCUCUUCAUCUACUUCAAGAAUCAGAAAGGACGCCCUACACUUCAGCCAACAGGGCUCCUGAGCUAAAGUGAAGAUGGUCACACUCAAGGAAGAACCUUCUGUCCCAACUUCUUCACAGUGUGAAAAGGUUUCCUGCUUAGCGCUAACUCUUCCACAAUGAAGUACUUUCUCAGGAUCUUGUUUGCUCCUGGCUCAGUGACCCGGUAGAAACUGUCCACCUUGAUGGCUUUCUCAGUCACCCCUACCCCCCUGCCCUCAGCCUUUGACCUGGGAGUUCUCAAUACUGAUUCCAGUACCAUAUGUUCUUUCUUCCUUGGUUCCCUUUGUUUUCAACUUCUACUAUUUCCUGUGCAUCUGAGCUCAUCUUCUGUUCAUUUCACUUUAUAAUGUGUUCCUUCAAAUAAAUACAGAGUGAAAAUCAUCUGCUUCAUACAUCUUCAAAGAAAGAAGUCAAAGAAAAGAUAAAGGGAAGACUACAUCACACCACAAUAACGUUUUUAUUUAUAUUCCUGAAUUUUGGUCACCUGUGGAUCUAGAAAGUUUCCUUUCUUCCUUUAUUUUUCUCUUGGGUUUUCUGCAUUCUGUUAUUAGACAUGUUUUCCUGAGCUAGCCCUUAAUGAAUCCAUUUUCCUGAGAAAGCCCUUAAAGAACCCAUUUCAUGAUGGUCCCCUACAUCUCUGCAUUUUCAAAGACAAGUUUCUUUACACUAUUGUAUACAGAAUUGGGACAACAAAUGUAAGAAACGCAGGUAACUUGUAAGGAUGUGAUGCCCUCAAUAUUUUUGUAAUCAUUCUCUUUUUGUCUCUUUUUCACUGAUCUUUUUAAAAAGAGAGUUAUAUAACCUAGGGUACUUCUUGAACUAUUUUUUUGUUAGACUGAUAGUGGGCUAUAAUGCUUCAAUCUUUUUCUGUCCUUCCAAUAAACAUCAUUGAUGUGCUGA